AUGUCUCCGUUCUCUUGGGAUGCCCCCAAGGUUGAUGUUCAAUCAAAACCACAGUUCGACGCAGAAACUUCGGAUAAUCAACCAGAGCAGAAAGGUGACGAAACCGCACCUGGACCAACCUCUGGCUAUAAGCCGCCCGCAAUAGAAGCCGCGCCUAGCGAUGGAACUGCAUCUGGAUCAAAAUCUGGCGAUAAGCCGCUCGCAAUAGAAGCCGCGCCCAGCGAUGGAACUGCAUCUGGAUCAACCUCUGGCGAUAAGCCGCUCGCAAUAGAAGCCGCGCCCAGCGACGCAAAAAACUCGGGAGACCAACAGAUGUCUGGCAGCCACGAUACUGCAAAACUCCAGAAUGCUAUUCAACGAGGCAUCAACCUAAUGGUUGCUGAAUCGCGCUUGGAGUUUUGGGGCGAUACUCCAAGGGAUCCACAGUCUGUGAAAGCCACCUGUGAGAAACUGAAGGACGAUGAAAACAUCAAGGCAACCAUGAUUCCGGGUAUUCUUGACGAAUAUAAAAAGGACGAUAGUACUGAAGACGGUGUUGCAAGUGCUAAAUCCAACCUUGAAGAGUCCGUAAAAGACAUUGUGGAUAAAACAGUAUCGGCGAUCAUUCAACAAUUCGAUAAAGACUGGCAACGAGCUGUCGACCCCACCAGCGAACAAAAUCAACGGAAAAUACGCAGAGUCCUCAAAGAACACAAUCAUAGCGCCACGCCCUGGGACGUGCUUGGAGUCAAACGCUCCGCAUCACCUAAAGAGAUCAAGGCUGCACGCAAUAGGCUCGCCCUUCGCCUGCAUCCAGACAAGAAUACCAACAACCGAAGUGAUGCCAAUGCGGCCUUGACAGCCAUCAACCAGGCCUACGACAUCCUUAAGGAUCCGGAGAAAACAAAAAUGUACCUUCAGUUCUUGAAGGAUCAGGAGCCGGAAGAAGUUCCUGGCGAGGAGUUCGCGCCGAAUGCUUUUGACGAUGGUGACGACGACGAUGAAGAUGACGUGGACUCAGAGGAUAAGAUGGAUGAAUCCGAAGAGUCACAGCCACCACCUGACGCAUCCGUCAAACAACAGCAUGAAACACUGACUCCUCACAUCAAGGAGUUUUUCCUUGAUCUCGAACGAGUAGGCGCGGCUCGCGCUCUGGACCAACCUUUGAAGCUGUGCAACGAUGCGAUCAGAGAAACGAACCGCUCAAAGAGUGGUAUACCUCCAAAGAGUGGUAUACGUCCAGAUGCAUACACCGUAGAUAAGAUGCUGCUCAUGACAAUACGUUUCGAACAGCAAAGAAUCGCGAAGAACUUUGAAGUCGGCCUGACGUCUCGAGAGGACAUUGCGAGGAUGGUCACUAAUUUUGGCCAAUAUGCCGAGAAGGUCAUGACGCGGCCGAUCCACCAAUGGCCAACUACAUGGGCUAGUCUCAUAUUGGAUCCCCUCACGACAAGGCUGUCUGAACUUGAUAAAAACCUCGGACAGUUGGUUCACCAAAACGCGUGCCAAGAGCUUUCCGCGCCCACACCACUAAAACUCGAGCUCGUUCACGAACCUGGCCUCACGGUGAAGGGAUACAUCAUCCUUGGCUAUAGACCAACGCUCCAUUGGAAGCAACCAAGCAGUUCGAGGUUCUUCGUCAAGGUCCCGAAGACGGGGAAAAUGCUAAUGCAAUCUGAAUCUGAAGUGGGAGACCGCGCUGCACUCCUAUAUCACCAGAUGGAAAACAAAAACGACAUUACCGUACAUGCCAGGCGCGAGAAAGGCACUAUGGCUCUCGAGGAAAUUCGCGACGUGUGCUUUGGCGAAAGUAACGACAAGGAGAAAUGUCCGCCAACUUGGAUCUGGCUGAAAGAGAAAGACUCGGAGGACAACAUCAUUCUGACCUAUUCCGAUCUCUGUAAACAAGCCGGGAAGAAUCUUACGGAUCAGAUUUUGGACGACUUCUUCGUCCAGAACAAGAUAGUGCCUCCCUGGAGCCCAGGAGCGGUGGCCCAGAAGCCAGCUAAACAAGCAUUGGUUCACGCACGACCAACUCGCAACAACAAGCAGCUCGUCCUGCGACAGUUCGGAGAAGUCACUCCUUAUAAGGCCAACCAGCCGGCUUCCACUCAAGGGCUUCAGGCACCAAACCAGCCCAAUGCUCCAUUCCAGAUGAACGACUUGUUGACGGCACUGGUUGGAGAAAUGAAGGAGGCUAGAGAAGAAAGGAAGGCGAAUCGACAACAAAUGAUGGAUAUUCAACAACAAAUGGCGGAGACUCAGAAAGCAACCAACGCCCUAGUGCAGCUGAUCAUGUCAAAGAUGGAGAAUGACUGGAACCCUGGAGGACACUUGUUGGCGGACAAUGAUCUCUGGCACGAAUGUCCAACCCUCCUCGAGAACUGGGGUUCUCCACUCCACUGCAUAUGUUCCGACGACUUUGGAACGACAAGACGGGCAGACACGACCGGCUGGGCCACGCAAGGCGCGAAAAAAACAUUCCUUGCAGAACACAUGGCCUGA